AUGGACGAACGGACUCUUUUCUCUCUUUCACACACAGCACCGCUACUACUUCUUCUUCUUCAUUCUUUCUACUAUUUUUUGUUUACUAAAAAAAAAAUGGAAGCUGUAGUAAUAAUCUUGUUAUCCACCAUUAACAUACUUCUCUUUCUCCACUCAUCAACAUCAACAUCAGCAAUUCCCAUUUCCACCAAAAAAACCUACAUUGUUCACAUGAAACAUCACCUCAAACCUCCAUCAUUCUCAGCUCAUCAUCAAUGGUACAAAACCCAUCUCCAAUCUCUCACUUCUUCCACCCAAAACUCUCUUCUCUAUACUUACACCACCGCUUAUCAUGGAUUCGCAGCAAGUUUGGAUUCUCAUGAAGUUGAAUUACUCCGUCAAUCUGAUUACGUUGUUAAUAUCUACGAAGACACUUUUUACACCCCACAAACAACGCGCACACCUGAAUUUCUCGGCCUCGAUAAGCUCGAUUUUGGGGCUGGACGUACUUUACCAGAUUUCAACACGGCUGCUCAGGAUGUUAUAAUUGGGGUACUUGAUACUGGAGUGUGGCCGGAAUCGGAAAGUUUUAGUGAUUUGGGUAUGUCGAAUGUGCCGUCGAGAUGGAGAGGGAAGUGUCAAUCGGCGCCGGAUUUUGAUCCGAAAGUGCAUUGUAAUAGGAAACUUAUAGGUGCUCUGUAUUUUUCUGAAGGUUGUAAGGGCUGCUCCCAGGAGAUUCAAUCGCCCCGGGACCAUGACGGCCAUGGCACACAUACUGCGAGCACAGCGGCAGGAUCAAUUGUGGCAAAUGCUAGUCUUUUUGGCUACGCCAAAGGGACUGCUAGAGGGAUGGCGCCACAAGCCCGCAUAGCAAGUUAUAAAGUGUGCUGGAAUGAACUGUGUGCAGGGUCAGAUAUUCUUGCUGCAUUCGACCGUGCUAUUAUGGAUGGUGUAGAUGUGUUGUCUGUGUCAUUGUCUAAUAAUGAGAAGACUUAUUAUACUGACCCGAUUGCUCUUGGUGCUUUUGCUGCUAUGGAGAAAGGGAUUGUUGUGUCGUGUUCAGCUGGGAAUGAUGGUCCUGUGGAAUCAACAGUUGUGAACACGGCUCCAUGGGUCAUUACUGUUGGUGCUGCAACUCUUGAUAGAGAUUUUCCAGCUACUGUCACACUGGGUAAUGGCCAAAAACUUCAAGGCGUGUCGUUGUAUAGUGGAAAGGUAGAAAUGGGAAAUAAGUUGUUGAGCUUAGUUUACCAACAAGGGGGAAACUCCUCUUUGUGCUUUUGUGGUUCGCUUGAUCCAAACAUUGUUGGUGGAAAAGUAGUGCUAUGUGAUAGAGGGGGAAAUGAUAGAGUUGCGAAGGGACUAGUAGUGAAAGAAGCUAAUGGGGUAGGAAUGAUAUUAGCCAAUACACCUGAGACGGGGGAGGAGUUACUCGCGGAUAGCCACAUAUUACCUGCAGUGACUGUUGGAAGGAAGGUAGGGGAUGUAAUAAGAGAAUAUGUGAAAACAGAAAACAAUCCAACGGUUGUUUUCAGCUUUGGCGGAACAGUGGUAAAAGUGAAACCAUCUCCUGUUGUGGUUACAUUUAGCUCAAGAGGGCCAAAUGCAAUUGUUCCCCAGAUAUUAAAGCCUGAUGUUAUUGGCCCUGGAGUGAACAUCUUAGCAGCUUGGCCUCGAAAUAUUGGACCAACUUCACUUAAUAUCGACACACGAAGGACCUCAUUCAACAUUGUUUCUGGCACUUCCAUGUCUUGCCCUCAUGUUUCAGGAGUUGCUGCAUUGGUAAAAGCUGUACAUCCAGAUUGGAGUCCAAGCGCGAUCAAAUCAGCAAUCAUGACAACCGCGUACACUCAAGAUAACACCAACUCCUCGUUUCAUGAUUCUGCACUAUACGGUACAUUUUCUAAUCCAUUUGUUCAUGGAUCAGGCCAUGUAAAUCCCCAGAAAGCAUUCUCCCCUGGACUUGUAUACAAUAUCAGGAUUCAGGAUCAUAUCAAGUUCUUGUGCUCCUUGAACUACACCAUAGAUCAAAUACAAUCCAUUGUAAAAAGACUCAAUUUCACUUGUGCAAACAAGUUUGCUGAUGCUGGGCAAAUCAACUAUCCUUCGUUCUCUGUCUUGUUUGAGAUUAACUCAAAGCGAGUUGUUCGUUACACUCGAGAAGUGACCAAUGUUGGAGCUGCAAGUUCAGUGUAUGAAGUAGCCAUUGAUGCUCCUCCAUCCGUUACGGUAACAGUGAAGCCAACAAAGCUUGUAUUCAAGAAAGUAGGAGAGAAGCUUCACUACACAGUGACAUUUGUGUCCAAGAAAGAUGUCAAACCAGGAAAUGCAUUUGGUUGGAUUUCAUGGAACAAUGCUAAACAUGAAGUGAGGAGUCCAGUUGCAUAUUCCUGGAUGACACCUCAACUAGAUUUGGAAACAUGAA